UUAGAAAUCGGCUGAACACUUCUGUGUGUCUGAACGGUAUUCAUUUGCGUCGCUCACGUGUACACUUAAACAUGCCUACAGACACGAAGCGCUUGCGAGGGCCUGAGGAAUCUCAGUCUCCGAUGCUUUUUCUUCCUCCGGACGCUCAGAUUCUCAAAGCCAGUAGCAGAGAUGGGAGCAGGGGCCACGCGGAUGUUCGGCCAAUCUUCGCGCGCUGUGGGCUAGUGAGUCAAGCAAAGGGUUCUGCUUACCUGGAAGCGGGCAAUACAAAAAUAAUUUGCUCGGUUUAUGGUCCACGUGAAACUGAACGCAAGGACGAAACCGACAUGAAGAGUGGUCGUCUCCUCUGUGACUUUCGGCUCGCCCCAUUCUCCUGCUUGAAACGGGGCGCAUGGAUCCAAGGAAACGAGGAGCGAGACCUCUCUGUGGCCCUUAUCGAGAGUUUACAACCAGGGGUCUGUCUCCACAGAUACCCACGGUCUCAGAUUGAGAUUAAUGUCGUGGUUCUGGAGAAUGACGGUUCUAUUCUUGCGCACGCGGUGACAUGUGCCUCCAUUGCACUUGCGGACGCAGGUAUAGAGAUGUAUGAUGUCGUGUUGGGCUGCACGCUACGACAGGAUGGAGACACGUGCCUUGUGGACCCGACUUUCGCGGAGGAGAGCGGUAACUGGCUUGGAGGGUACGGGGAAAAUCAGGGUCGUGUGACUGUAGCGCUUCUCCCAAACUUCAAUCAGGUGUCUGGUCUGCACGCGGAUGGCGAGAUGCGCGAGGACACACUGACUGAAGCUGUGCGCACUUGUAUGGACGGCUGUCACAAACUAUAUCCAGUGGUCCAACAUGCAUUGCUACGAGCUGUCAAGAGGAAAGCGCCACCAUCUGUGAAAUAAUCCUUUGGCGUCUUAUUUUUGUUUAUCUUAGUAUGAACCUCUCAUUUAUGGAAAUGCAGUGUAUAAGAAAUAUGAAUAUGAAACAUGUAAGCAAUCA